AUGGUGCGGGCCGGGGUGAAGCCCACCGCCACCACCUACACCGCCCUCAUCAGCGCGUACGGCAAGCAGGGCAAGGUGGAGCAGGCGAUGGGGAUAUUUGCUGACAUGGUGGCGCGCGGCUGCGAGCGCAACGUCAUCACAUACAGCUCGCUCAUCAGCGCGGCGGAGAAGGCGGGCCGCACUGACCUGGCGCUGCAGCUGUUUGAGCGCAUGCACCAGGAGGGCUGCCGCCCCAACGUGGUCACCUACAACUCCCUCAUCGCGGCCUGCUCCCACGGGGCGCACUGGGAGGACGCGGAGCGCUGCUUUCAGCAGAUGGCGGCGCAGGGCUGCACCCCGGACGGCAUCACCUACUCCGCCCUCAUCACCGCCUUCGAGCGCGGCGGCCAGUGGCGGCGCGCGCUGGGGGCGUACGCCCAGAUGACUGCCCAGGGCUGCCACCCGGACAGCGCCGUCUACAACGCGCUGCUGGGGGCCUGCUGGUCCAGCGGCGUGGCCAUGGCCCAGAUGAGGGCCUCCCUCAUUUGGUCGGCGGCCAACCGCUCGGGCCACUUCCGCGUAUACCACCAGGCCAAGUCUGACCCGGCAGUGUUCCAGCACAGCUGCGUUGCCUUCACCGCCGGCGCGGCCAUCAUCACCCUGCUGCGCUGGCUCGUGGACAUUAGGCAUCGCAUGAUGCGGGACGGCCAGGGCCUGCUGCGGGACCGCGUCGUCUUCAACUUCCAAAAGGGCAAGGCCUGCCGCGUGGAGCAGCCCUCCGCGCUCAUCCGCGACGCGCUCGCCGCCGCGCUAGCCGGCGCCGCGUCGCCGUUUGAGGUCGCGCUUGUCGACGGCGCCACGACGCGCGUCGAGGCCGAGAGCGGCGCGCUGGCGGCGUGGCUGCGGUCGCCGGCGUUUGCGCCGCUCGCGUUUGUGGCGCACGCGGCGGCGGCCAAGAGGAUGACCCUGGAAACCCUGAUAUUGGAAGACCAGACAUUGGAGGCGCGCUGCAACGAGGCUCUGGCGCUGGUCCGCAGCUACGAGCACCUGCGCUGCUACAGCAGCGCACCCAAGAAGCAAGCAAAUUGA